AUUUAAAUCCUGAUUUGAUCGCGACAUUUGGAUCCCACGUGCGGCAGCUGAGGCUCCGGGUAGUUGUAGUACUUUGCGGACUUCUACCACGAACAGCAAAACUGUUGUGAGAGUCAUAUUCACAGAAACCGUCUACGUUGGCAGCCACCGGAUGUGGGUCUCGUUCUGCUGUCCACUGCCUUGCAUGUUCAGGACGCCAUCGCAGCCCGUGUUAGGUGACACCUGGAGCCCCACAGAAGCAAAGGGAAAGUGCACCUGAGUGACCCUGUUACAUUGGCUGGGAGGCAGAUAGCCAGCACACCCACCAGCCUCGGUAUCACCCUCUUAUCUCCUGCGGUAGACCAAUAGCCCUCACCGUGUACCAGCAAGCCCGGUGGAACAAGAGGGGAAAGAUAAGAGACGGUCCCUUCUCGGCACCAAUGAGGGAAUGGAGAGACUGUGCAUUAGUUGCACAGAUGGAGAAAUGAACGACAAACACAGCAUUACUGCUACGCCUUCGCUCUUAUAUACAGAGAUUCUGUGCUGAUCUACUACUCGGGUUACGCUCCCCAUCAGAUGGCGUUCUGCCUGGCUGAGCUGCACUUGUGGUCCACCAAGAGCUCACUCCAAGUCAAAGAUACCGAUAUUGGCACCUAUCAGUACUAUGAUAAAGGAGAGCCAGCUAUUUCCUUGGAGCAUCACUACUACAAUGACAAACUCCAGUAUUGUGAAGCUCGAGGCUAUUCGUGGACCCCCAGGAACCGCCGACCAGAGAAGCUGCGCGAUUCGCUGAAGGAGCUGGAGGAACUGUUGCAGACCAACACAUGCAUUCACACCAGAUGGAGGAACAAACACUGGUGCCAGGUAAUGCUAAGCAGCGGAAUACUGGUGACCCUGACUUUAAAUGGACCUCAACUUGAACAAGUGUGCGUCGACCGCACGUUAGUGAGCCGGCUGCCAGCUAACACGGUGACGGAUGUGGUGCUGAGUGACAGCCUGAUUCUGCUGUCCUUCCUGGAGCAGAGCCAAGUGGCUGCAGUUUACCUUCACAAAAAGAACCAGGACCCUCCAGAGACUGGCAGACGAACAGACAAACUCUCACCCUCUGAAAUGAAGGUCGUGCAUGUGGAAGUGAGCGGGCGGCGUCCCCAGCUCCACAGACGCGUCGCUCUCAACCGCCCCCAGGACGUAGCGCUCUGCUGGUGGAACCUGGACGAGCCCAGUGAGGAGCUCUGGCCCUGGGCACCCACACAUACACAGCCCAACAACCUGACCAUUCUCAGCUGCUCACCAGCUGAAGGCCUCAAGGUUGUAAGCUCGGUACGGACAGAAGGAAAUCUUCUAGACUGCCGUUUCAGUCAGCUUCAGCCCCACCAGCUGCUAACAGUAGAGCUGCCUCCUGGACCACAAGGAUCCAUAGAGGGGUCCUGGGUGGACUCCUGUGUGUAUGAAUGUGCACGGGGGCGCCUGCACCGCCUGUCUGUGGCUCGCAUCCCACUGCCAUCCCAUCCCGUUUCCUGCUCGCGCCACCCUGCUGAGACCAUGCUUCUGCUGGGCCUGAGUGACUGUUCUGUGCUCCUGUAUGACCAGCGACGGGAGGUUUCUGUGCUCGCCUCUUGCCCUGCGUCACCCACCCUCCUUGCCUGGCACCCCGCUGGGUCGGUAGCCGUGGUAGGGGGAGGACAGGCUGACUUGAUGUGCUUUGAUGUGGGCUUGGCACCUGUAAGCAUGGCUCUGGUAGCGGAGGAGGCAUAUUCAGCUACCACGCUAGGACUAGCUCAGCACCUGCGCUGCUCUGGAGGCCUGGAGCUGCUCCAGUGGGGGACAGGCCUGGAUGGUGCCCCAGAGAGGACAGAUCUCCUGAUGUUAGGCUUUCAUGGUGGACCACUAGGAGCCCUGAGAUUCAGACUAGCCGGACUCGAUGUGACAGGGGCUCUGACUGGAGGCCAGAUGGGUCCAGGGGAGCUUCUCCAGCAGCGACUGCGUUGUGGCCAGGCUAGAGAGGCGCUGGGCAUCCUAGAGGCCAUGGACUGGAGCACCAUGGGAAACGAGUGCUUUCGAGGCCUUAGUGCAAUCACCAACCAUCUGCUGCGGCUGGAGCUAAAUGCAGAGAGAGAGGCCCAGCUACAAGCAGCUCUGGGUGUGUUUUAUGCUCCACCUGCUCCACUCCCUGAUGCGGUGGUACUGGAAUACAGAGAGAUGAUCAGCAAGUAUGCCCACCGCUUUUUUCACCACCUCCUCAGACACCAGCGCUUUGAGAAGGCCUUCCUUCUUGCUGUAGAUUUGGAAGCCAGUGACCUUUUCAUGGACCUCCAUUACGUUGCCAGCGAUAAGGGUGAGGUGGUUCUAGCGGACGUGGCGAAGAGGAAAGCUAAUGAAAUCGAGGCUCAGGCCAUCGCAAGCAACGAUCUUCUGAGAGGCAGGAACAGCGUGUGUGGUUCCCACUUUGGGGAAAAACUGACGGAGAGGAACCAAAGAGAACCAGUGGCUUCGCAUUCAGGCACUUCCUCAGCACGUCUUGAGCAAAGUCGAAGGCGAUUACAAGCAGAGGACGUACGUGUGACUGUGAACCCAGAUGUUUUCAUGACGCUGAGACAAACAGUGUCACGGCGGGUUUUACAGAAGCAUCUUCCAACAUCUUGUGUCGCUUCGUUUUGUUCUGCAGGAGGCAGUGAAGGCGGCAAAGAUGGGCUGGAUGACGACGUCGACCCUGGGAUGAUUCAUGUGGUGCAUUUAGGGAUGGUUUGAAAACACUUCAUUCCUGUUUUAUACACUACGUAGUUACUUAUUUGCUAAACUAGCUGUGUAGGAAUCACACGGUCUUAUUGUAUGUACCCACGGUGACUGUAUGAAUGUCUGAUAAAAGUCAAAUAAUACAUGGGCGUUAUGAUAAGCCUUUAUUUUUUUAGACCUGUCAUAGUAUAUCUGUGAAAUUUAAACCAAGUCAAAAAUGCUGUGCAGCUCCAUGAACGUCAAUUCAGGUUAUUUUCUGCCUUAGUGAAGUCUAAAUCAAAUGAACCUUAAAAGAAAACAGUUACACUGGGUCCUUCCUUUUACGAGCAUGACAGAAAAUGUUUUAAACCUUGCCAUUAAUCAUCCAGAAAAAAUAAAGACUUCUAUUAUACUUCCA